AUGUAUGCAAUUGGCAUACCCGUGGAGACCAAUGGAGAUUUACAUCGGACAAAAAACAAAAGGAGAUCACAUUUCGUCAAAUCAUUGGUCUCAACUCUCACACCCAUCAUUUCACAGCCAUGUUUCUCACUCCUCUUUUUUCUCUCUCUCCUCUCCUCCUCCUCCUCCUCGCUCUCCUCCCGUCCACACCCGCCAAAGACCACCUCAGCUUCACCUUCAACAAUUUCAAAGCCGCCUCACGAAACCUCACCCUCGACGGCAUAGCCGAGUUCACACCCUCAGGUCUCCUAGCCCUCACCAACGGCACCCGCCAAGAAAACGGCCAUGCCUUUUUCCCCACGCCAUUCCCCUUCAAACCCUCACCGAACGCCUCCAUUUCCUCCUUCUCCACCUCCUUCAUCUUCUCCAUAAUCGCCGAUUACCCCACCCUCUCCGGUCACGGCAUCGUUUUCGUAGUGGCCCCCGCCCCGGGCCUCCCCGGUGCCCUCUCCAGCCAUUGGUUGGGCCUCUUCAAUGAAACCAAUAACAGGAAAUCAACCAACCACGUGGUUGCGGUAGAGCUUGAUGCUAUAUACAGUAGCGAGUUUCAAGAUAUACAUGAUAACCAUGUUGGCAUUGACAUUAAUGGGCUGGACUCUGUUGCAUUUAAGGCAGCUGGGUACUAUUCAAAUGGGAGGUUUCAGAAUUUGAAUCUGAUCAGCGGUAAGGCGAUGCAAGUUUGGGUUGAAUACGAUGGGGGGAAGAAGGAAAUGAAUGUUACUCUGGCUCCGGUUCAUUUGCCCAAGCCAAGCACGCCUCUAUUGACUCUUUCUAAGGAUCUUUCCCCGAUCUUGAACCAAACUAUGUAUGUUGGGUUCUCUUCCUCAACUGGAUCAGUCCCAACUUCCCAUUAUAUCUUGGCUUGGAGCUUUAAGAUUAAUGGAUUGGCUGAUGGGUUUGAUUUCUCUCACCUCCCUAAACUUCCUCGCAUCGGACCCAAGAAAGUUUCUAGGCUUCUGACAAUUGGGUUGCCUUUAAGUUUAGUUUUGGUGUUUGGAGUGCUUUCGGGGAUAGUUUAUUACGUUAGAAGGAAGAGGAAGUUUGCUGAAGUGCUUGAAGAUUGGGAACUUGACUAUGGGCCUCAUAGGUUCAAGUACAAGGACUUAUAUAUUGCCACCAAAGGGUUUAAGGAAAAGGGGCUCUUGGGUAGUGGGGGAUUUGGUCGGGUUUAUAGAGGAGUACUACCUACUUCAAAAAUUGAGGUUGCAGUGAAGAGGUUCUCACAUGAAUCUGUGCAAGGAAUGAAGGAAUUCGUGGCGGAAAUCGUUAGUAUUGGACGUUUGCGCCACCGGAAUUUAGUUCAACUCUUGGGUUAUUGUCGCCGAAAAGGGGAGCUCCUUUUGGUCUAUGACUACAUGCCUAAUGGAAGUCUAGAUAAAUUGCUCUACGACCAGCCGAGUUGUACCCUCAAUUGGCGGCAAAGAUUUCAAGUCAUCAAGGGAGUGGCGUCAGGCCUUUUCUAUUUACACGAACACUGGGAGCAAGUUGUUGUGCAUAGAGAUGUCAAGGCAAGUAAUGUGUUGUUGGAUGGCGAAAUGAAUGGGAGAUUGGGCGAUUUUGGGCUAGCUAGAUUGUCUGAUCAUGGAACCGAUCCACAAACCACUAAUGUGGCUGGAACACUUGGGUAUCUUGCACCAGAGCACACUAGAACUGGAAAGGCCACAACUAGCACCGAUGUGUAUGCUUUCGGUGCCUUUUUGCUUGAGGUGGUUUGUGGGAGGAGGCCCAUCGAGCCACGAGCAGCAGCAGAGGACUUAGUUUUGGUGGAUUGGGUGUUUUCCUUUUGGAGGAGAGGGGAAGUUUUGCGAACCAUUGAUCCUAAAUUGGGGAGUGAGUUUGUAGUGGAGGAAGUGGAGUUGGUUUUGAAGCUGGGUUUGAUGUGUUCCGACUCUGAGCCAACCGCCAGGCCGAAUAUGAGGCAAGUUGUGGAGUAUUUGGAGGGAGAUAUUCCUCUACCAGAGUUGAAACUGAUGGGUAUUUCUGCCGCGGGUCUAACGUUUGCUCAGCGCGAAGGGUUUAACGAUUUUGCACUGUCGUCUUCUAUGGAGAACGCGUUCUCGCACUCGUCUUCUGUCCCAGGGUCCCUUCUCUGAGGAGGCAUAUGAUGCUUCUAAUUUUAUGGAUGAGUAAUGUAACUGAUGAACCGUAUCAUUUUAUGUUUUUAGGCAUAAGCUUGUCUUCUCUGUAUAUCUGAACCCUUCUACAGCCACCGACCACAUGGGCAAAUUAAGCUAAUUUUUUAUAAGCCCACUCGUUUUUUUUUUUUUUAAUUAUUGAACGGCUCAGAUUUUGUGCAGGACCCGGAGUGGGACAUGUGGCUGUCGGUACAGAAUUGAUCACCAUGUGGUCGGUGUCAUAGCUUUUCGGUAUAUCUGUAUUACAAAAUUGCAUGAUACCUUGUGAUCAUAAAAAUCUCAUUUUUUAAG